AUUUCACAGACAAAAACAACAAAAAGAAGGGAGACGUUUCAUCGUCUCAUCAAUUCUCAUCUUCCAUCUCAUGUCAUCUCAUCUCUCCCAACCCCGCAACAUCUGCAAAUAAUUAUUCAAACCAAAAGAAACGUAUUACAUAGAUUGCUUUCUUCAUACAUUCAACGUUCUCUCCUCUCACCAAUUCUCAUCUUCCAUUUAUUUGGAUUCACCAGAGACACAGACACAGAGACAGAGACGACAAAACAGAUGAUCAUCAGAUUCUAAAACCCAGUUUGGUUCUUUUCUCGUUUCAUCUCUCCUUAAUUUAUGAUGAUCAAACUGAACUUGAUUUGAUCGAGAUCCCCUAAAAAGCUUCAAUCUUGAAUACAAAGAUUGAAUUUUCAUCAUCAGUCUCCCUUCUCCCUCUUUCAUUGAUUCAAUGUCUUCUCCUUCGUUUCCUUCAUCUUCAUCUUCUUCUUACACAAUGUGUCUUCCUAAUUCGCAUUUCCAAUCUUCCUCUUCCAAUUCUCAUUCCCCUCCUUCCUCUCCUCCUCCUAAUUUGAGUGCCGCCGGCGCCGGAUAUAUUGAACACACCGUCACCAAAUUCGACACGCUCGCCGGGGUCGCCAUCAAAUAUGGGGUCGAGGUGGCAGACAUUAGAAAGAUGAAUGGCCUGGUUACAGAUCAUCAAAUGUUUGCCCUCAGAUUUCUUCACAUUCCACUACCUGGGAGGCAUCCACCGUCCCAUUGUUUAUCUAAUGGUUCCAAUACCCCAGGGAGCCAGAGUAGUUCAGAUAGGUCCCCCAGAUUUACUUCUCGGAAAGCCUCCCAGGCAAUGAACUCUUUACAAAGUUAUUAUGGGCUGAAAGCAAGAAAUCAGAACUCUUUAAAAAGGGAGAUUCUUGAAAUGGCACUAUGCAAAACGGAAGGCUCCCAUAAUUUAGAAGGCGAGUCAUUAUUUGGAGCCUCGCACCAACCUUUCAGUCAUUAUAGAAAGUCAAAAAGCUUAGUUAAAUUGGAUGAGAAUCGUGAACUUUCUGAUACCAUGCCUAGUACAGAAACUAGAGAAGGCGACUCUGAUCAGUUGGGAAAAAGGAUUAGGCGGCGCCAGAAAUCUGAAGCUGACUUUCGUUGCACCCCUGAGAUGGUUUUGGAAGAUAACACUGCCAGUGGUGGGUUUUCAGCAACAGCAAUUACAGGGAAGUGCUUGGCCCUUAGACCUAAAUCAGCAGCCAAUCGAACAGCUGAUGUUGAAACAGGUGUUCCAGUAGGCCUUGGUGAUUCUUUUUUAUCAUCAGAUGCCUCUGGAGUGAGGAAGUCAUCAAGCACAUCAAAUCUGCAGGAUCAUGAUACUAGCUGUUCAGCAUCAAUCUGGUCAACUUCUAAAUGGACUUUGAAGCCAGAUUUACAAGUGUUUUCUACUGCAGCCAUUACAAAACCCAUAUUUGAUGGCUUACCUAAGCCUAUGGUUGGUCGACGAAACAAAACCGCGCUUGAUUAACUGCAUUUCAUAGUUCUCGUCAUUCAUAUUAUCAUUUUGAUCGAUGAUUUGUGGCAUCAUCCAUUACCAGUUCUUAUUGAGGAACAACAAGACGGCGGGAAUAUAUUUGAAUUCCGAUACAUCAAUGAUAGUUGAAAGAUAAGUGAGGCUCCGGUGGAUAGAGUUUGGUGCUUCUGUAGCAGUCCAAACACCUAGGCAUGUAGAUACUAUCGGAGAAGCCAACUGUUACAUUUGCAGUUUGAACACUAUUAGAGUACUAGAUAGAAAUUCUAAGGAUUUGGAACAUACCGGCCAUUUUACACAGGAUGUGGCUCUCAGGUUUACAGAAGUUUGGUUCGUGUCAUAUAUGUAUUAAUUUUAUACUAACAAUUCUUUCCGGGUA